AUGCUCCCAAUCGCCCUCUGGUCCCACGCCAUCGGUCCCAACCCAUGGAAAGUCGCAACAAUCAUGGAAGAACUCGAGAUCCCAUACAAUACCAAGAUAAUCAAUUUCGCUGCUGCAAAGGAAGAGCCUUUCCUCUCCAUCAACCCCAACGGCCGCCUCCCUGCAAUCGAGGACCCAAACACGGGUAUCACCCUGUGGGAAUCCGGUGCAAUCGUCGAGUACUUGAUAGCCCAGUACGACAAGUUGCAUAUACUCAGUUACGGUGACUUGAAACAAUCCUUCCUCUGCCGGCAGUGGCUUUUCUUCCAGGUUUCAGGCCAGGCGCCGUAUUUCGGACAGGCGGCGUGGUUUAGCAGAGCCCAUCCCGAGAAACUGGAUAGUGCUAUCCAGCGGUUCUGUAAGGAGGUUGUCCGGGUUACUGGUGUUUUGGAGAAAGCAUUGAAAGAUAAUGGGGGUCAGUGGCUUGUUGGGGAUAAGUGUACCUAUGCGGAUCUGAGCUUUGUGCCGUGGCAGCAGAAGGCGCGCAUCUUUGGUGGGGAGGAUUUGUAUGAGAAGUUUCCUCUUGUUGGGGCUUGGAUGGAGAGGAUGGAGGGGAGGGAUUCUGUCAAGAAGGUGGUGAAGGAUCAGGAGGAGGCUGUUAAGGCGGCUGGGGGGAGAGUUUAG